AUGGAGCAGGCACAAAUACAGCCCAGUGUGCACUCAUGUCCGGUCCUCCCCUCUCACAUCCCGUACUCCCCUCUCUCAUCCCGUCCUCCCCUCUCACAUCCCGUACUCCCCUCUCUCAUCCCGUCCUCCCCUCUCUCAUCCCGUCCUCCCCUCUCUCAUCCCGUCCUCCCCUCUCUCAUCCCGUCCUCCCCUCUCCCAUCCCUUCCUCCCCUCUCUCAUCCCCUCCUCCCCUCUCUCAUCCCGUCCUCCCCUCUCCCAUCCCUUCCUCUCCUCUCUCAUCCCGUCCUCCCCUCUCUCAUCCCUCUCUCUCCUCUCUCAUCCCGUCCUCCCCUCUCUCAUCCCUCCCUCUCCUCUCUCCUCCCGUCCUCCCCUCUCUCAUCCCGUCCUCCCCAGUCUCAUCCCGUCCUUCCCUCUCUCAUCCCUCACUCUCAUCUCUCAUCUCGUCCUCCCCUCUCUCAUCCCUCUCAUCUCUCAUCUCGUCCUCCCCUCUCUCAUCCCUCUCAUCUCUCAUCUCGUCCUCCCCUCUCUCAUCCAUCCCUCUCCUCUCUCGAUGGUGCCUCGCCAGCACACAUGCCUUCGCGCCUCUUCCCCGCCGCCCACUCUGCUAACACCCCCUCCCCUUUCUCCCUUACCGCGCCCUCCUCCCUGGCCUCCCACGCCCUUCGCAGCACUCACAGGCCCGCAACCCCAAGCAGGGCGGUGGGGGCGGAGAGUGACAGCGAGCGCGCGGGGCACGGUGUGGCAGCUUCCUCACCAGGCUACGGGGGGGUGUAA